CGACGGAAAAGGAACAAGUUUCAUGCGAGCUGUAGGAUGGAACGAAAACCGUUGAGGGCUACACGUGCAUACCGUACCUGGAAAGGAAGGCUGUUGAUCGCUGCCGAUUUCCGAUUGCGUCAGUUACCCAGAAUUACCCCACCUUAAGUAUCCGACCGAUCCUCAGGUCCCCUCCUCAGAUCCUUUCCCUUCUUCUCUCUCACAACUCUCCACGCCCGCUUCAGAACACAAUCGAUUGCCAGAAGCCCAACUCAUCACUAUUUCCCCGUCAAAUCAAGAUGACUAUCCCCGAAAUUGCCGGUCUCCAGGUUGAGGUCCUUGCCGAGGGCACUGGUGACCGUGAGACCAAGCGCGGUGACAGCAUCGACGUGCACUACAAGGGCACGCUCGAGGACGGGAGCAAGUUCGAUGCCAGCUACGACCGCGGUGAGCCGCUGAACUUCACCGUCGGUGCGGGUCAGGUCAUCAAGGGCUGGGACGAGGGUCUCCUGGGCAUGAAGGUUGGCGAGAAGCGCAAGCUCACCAUCUCCCCGGAGCUUGGCUAUGGUAACCGUGGUGCUGGUGGCGUCAUCCCGCCCAAUGCCACUCUCAUCUUCGAGACGGAGCUUGUCACCAUCAAGAACUAAGCAAGAAGAAGCAUCAUGAUGAAUUCUCGGCGCGGCAUUUUUCUUUCAUUUUCGACGUGAAGUCUCUGAAGAGGCCAUAACGCGAGAUCCUCAAAUGGAGGAUUGAGAAUCGAGACACCUGUUCAGGCA